AUGUCGGAACCGGACGAGACGGACCUCCGCGCGACGGUCGCGCGAUGCGAGAAAGAGAUCGAGCGCCUGAAGAGCGUGAACGAGAAGCAAACGCAGGCGGCGAUGAACGCGACGAGGAAGGCGUUCGACGCGCAGACCGCGCUGGAGAAGCAGCUCGAGAGCGCGACCGCGAGCGCGGAGAAGGCGCUUCGAGACGCGAAGGACGAGGCCGCGAAGGAGCACGCGCACGCCGCGGAGGAGAUGGCGGAUCUGAAGAAGAAGCUCAAGAGCGCGAAGAAGGCGCGCGAUAAAGAGCGCGAGCUCGCGGACGAGAAGGACGAGGAGCUCGGGAAGUUCACCAGAAAGCUGCAGGAGGUCAUGGACCUGCUCGACCAGAGCCGCGCGGAGUGCGACGCGCUGCGGCGCACUCAGAGCGGGGACGGCGCGUCCAAGGAGCUCGAGAAGACGUCCGGACAGCUGCGCGAGCUGCGCGACACGCUCGAGAAGGAGCGCGCGGAGGCGACCGCGCUGCGCGCCACCCUGCGCUCGGUCGAAGCGAACGCCGCGGCCGCGGAGGCCAAGGCGAAGAGAGAGAGAGAAGAGUCGGAGAUGACGUUGGAGUCGAUGCGGACGGCGUUGGCGAUGCAGAUGGACGCGGCCAAGGCGGCGCAGAGAGAAGCCGUGGAGAAGACGCAGUUCGCCGCCGGGCUCGACGUCGCGCGCGCGCAGGAGGCGAUCGGAAGAGCGGAGGUCGCGGAGGAGAAGCUCGCGGAGUCGGAGCGACGCGCGGUCGCCGCGGAGAAGAGGGCGGCGGCGGUCGAAGAAGAGCUCGCCGCCGCGAACGAAAAGGCGGAGUGGAAUCUGAAAAAGGUGAAGAAGGCGAUCGAAAAGGGGAAGGGCUACGAGACCGAGAAGAACGCGCUGGAGACGCGCGUCGCCGUGCUCGACGCGGAGCGUAGGGCGCUCGAGGAGCGCGCGAAGUCCUCCGAGGCGAACGAGAAGAAGCUCGCGGCGGCGCGGGAGUCGUUCAAGAAGGCGACCGAACGUAACGCGGCGCUCGAGGCGGAACUCGCCGCGGCGAACGAAAAGGCGGAGUCGGACCUGAAGAAGAUCAAGAAAGCGAUCGAGAAGGGCAAGGCGUACGAGACGGAGAAGAACGCGCUCGCGGGCAAGGUGGACGAGCUCGAGCUUGAGAUCACGCGGCUCGCGUCGAGCGCGGAGAAGUCCAGCCGCGGCGCGGAAGCCGCGGAGACGGCGACGAAGGCGGCGGCGGAGCACGAGAAACGCGCCGCCGCCGCCGAAGAAGCGCUCGAAGCGGCGACGAAACGCUGGGAGGACGCGGAAGCGAAAGCCGCCGCGAGUCUCAAAGAAGCGGAAACGCACGCGGAGUGGAACAUGAAGAAGCUUCAGAAGGCGAUCGAGAAAGGGAAAGGGUUCGAGCAGAGAGUCGAAACCUUGGACGCGGAGAUUGUCGCGUUGAAGGCGUCCGUCGACGCGCGCGAAGCCGCCGCCGCGGAUGCGCAGAAAACGCACCUCGCGGCCGUCGCGUCGGCGGAAGCGACGGCGAUGAUGAAGGUCGAGGAGGCGCGCGUCGCGCACGCCGCGGAGAUCGAAAAGGUCAGAGCGGACGAGGCUGCGAACGCGGCGAACGCGGCGAACGCGGCGGCCACGGCGGCGAACGCGCUCGCCGCCGCGGAGAAAAAGCUCGCCGCGUCGAGGGAGUCUCUGAAGAAAGCCUCGGACCGGUGCGCCGCGCUCGAGGACGAGUCUCGCGCGAUGAAAAACUCGCUCGAGGACGCGACCGCGAAGCUCGCCGCCGCGGAGGAGCGAACGAGCGCGGCGGAGACGCGCGCGAGCGCGUGGGAGUCGCGCGCGUCCGCGGGCGUCGACGAGGCGGCGUCGCGAAGCGCGGAAGCCGAGGCGGCUUUAGCGGACGUCGCCGCGAAGUUAGCCACCGCGGAGAAGCGCUGCGCGGUCGUGCAGAACGUCGCGAACGCGGCGAAGGAGCGAUCGGACGCGGAUGUCAGCGCGAUGCGCGAGAAGCUCGCGGACGCGGAGAAGCGCUGUUCGGCGGCGGCGGAGAGAGCGAGCGCGGCGGACGUCGCGGAGAAGGCGCUCGCCGCCGCGUCCGACGCCGCCGCGGCUGCGACGGAGAAGGCGGAGUGGAACAUGAAGAAGCUCAAGAAGGCGAUCGAGAAGGGCAAGGGGUACGAGCAGAGGGUCGAAGUGUUGGAGACUGAGCUGAAACGCGCGAAGGCUGACGCGGAGGCGCGCGACGCGGAGGCGGAGGCUGCGAAAAAGACGCGCGCGAAGGAGACGCGCGACGCGGCGGCGAAAACAGCCUCCGCGGAGGAGCGCGCGGACGGCUUACGAGAGCGCGUCGCGUCCCUGGAGGCGGAGCUCGAAUCUCAGCAGUCCGCGGCCGCGGAGUCGAACUCGAAAGCCUCCGAGGCUGCGCUCGCGUCCGCGCGCGCGAGAGUCGCGGAGCUGUCUGACGAAGUCGCGCGCGCGACGCGGGACGCCGACCGACGCGAGCGAGAAGCCGCCGCGGCGACCGCGGCGGCGGCGGAGUCCGCGACGGAGCUCGAGAGAGCGAGGGAGUUCCGCGCGAAAGCGAAGGCGAAGAUCGCGGACUACGAAGCGAAGGUCGCGGCGAAAGACGCGGAGUGCGCGAAGUUGGCGGGAGACGUCGAGGCGUCGAAGGCGGAGCUCGCGGCGUCGGCGGAGAAGCUCGCCGUCGCGGAGAAGCGCGCGAAGGUCGCCGCCGACGUCUCGCGCGCGAUCGAGACGAAAUCGACCGCGCUGGAGACGGAAGUCGCGACGUUGAAAGAGAAGCUCGAGACCGCGCGACGCGACGUCGACCGCGCGCGAGAGGCGGUCGUCGCCGCGAACGAAGUGGCUGGCGCGCGCGUCGCGAAGGCGCAGCGCGACGCGGACGCGCGCGUGGACGCCGCCAACGCGGAAGCCGGCGCGCGCGCGGAGGCGGCGGCGAAAGCGGCGGCGGCGGCGGCGGCGGCGAACGCGGCCGUCGCCGGCGCGACGGAAGAUCUGGAGAAGAAGCUCGCGGCGUCCCGUGGCGAACUCGAGAAGGUCAAAGCAGACGCGGCCGCGGCGAUGGAGAAGGCGAAGAACACCGCGAGCGCGCAAGUCGCGGCGGCGACGAUGGAGGCCAAGGCGCUCGCGAAGCGAAACGACGAGGAGGCGAGUAAACGGCUCGACGCGUCGAAACGCGAGACCGACGCCGCGCUCGCGAAGCUGAAGAAAGCGAUCGAGAAGGGCAAGGGCAUCGAGAAGCAGAAGAACGCGCUCGAGUCGACCGUCGCGGAGCUCGAGGGCGUCGUCGCGGGCUUGAAAGAAGCCGCCGCCGCCGCGGAGGGCGGGUCCGACCUCAAACUCGAGCUCGCGAGGACGAAAGAAGAGAUGGAGAGCCUGCGCGCGUCGUUAGAGACGUCCAAGGCUGCGUCCGGCCGAGCCGCCGGGGAGGCGAUGGUCGUCGCGAAGAGGAUGGUCGAAGACAAAGAGAACGAGCUCAAGUCCGCGCUCCAGGACGCCAACGACGCGAGGGACGCCGCGGAAGCCGCGGAGGCGGUGGCGGAGGAGGCGCUCGCGGAGGAGCGCGCCGCGCGCGACGACGCGCUCGAGGAACUUCGCGACCUGAGAGAGAAGCUCGCGGCCGCGCCGGACCCGGACCCGGACCCGGUCGAUCGCGACGCCGUCGACAUGGAAGCGCUCAGACGCGAGGAGGACCUGCGCGCGGAGGUGAACGACCUCGUCGUCGAGCUGGACGAGGCGAGGGAGGAGGCGGCGGUCGCCGCCGGCGCGGCGGAUGCGAAGAUCACGCGUCUGGAGGAGCGGCUCGCGAAGACGGAGCUCAAGCUCGGCGGCGCGUCCAACGCCGCGCGCGAGCGCGAGGCCGAGGCGACGAGGCGGCUCGAGCGCGCGACGGAAGAGAUCGCGGAGCUCCGGAGGAAGCUCGUCGAGGUGACGUCCGAGGCGGCGUCGAGUUCGAACGAUCUCGACGCGAUGCGCAAACGUCUGGAACGCCAACUCGAAGACGCGACCGCCGCCGCGGAACCGCUGCGCAGAGAGCUCGAGGACGCGAACGCGAAGAUUGCGAAUAUGGGCGCGUCGAACGGGCAGCUGCUCCUUCGCGUCGUCGCGCUCGAGUCUUCGCUAUCGGAAGCCGAAUCGGAGGCUUCAAACUUGAAAAACGCCGCGGCGGCGGCGAGACACGAAAAGGAAGUCGAAGAGGUGGAGGACUUGCGCAUCGAGCUCGCGAGGACGAAGAAGCGCGCGGAGCUGCUCGAGGAGAAUCUUCUGGACGUCUCCAAACGCGCCGGGAACGCGGAGGUCACGAGCAGGGACUACAUCAAGAAUAAAGCCGAGGCGGAGAACGCGGCGCUCCACGCGACCGCGAUGAUCAAAGCCACGGCGGCGGAGCGAGACGAGGCGGCGAGGGAGCGAGACGAAGCCACCGCCGCAGCGGUGGACGCGUGGCGGGAACGCGACGCGGUGAUUAAAGACUGCGAAGCGAGGGUCAAAGCCGCGGAGAGUAAGAUCAACGCGAAGGACAGAGACCACGCGGAGGCGCUGCGACACGCGCGGACGGAACUUCAGGACGCGAAGUCGAUGGCGAAGGAACUCGAGGACGAGUGCGAAAAGUUGCGCGCGCGCGUCGAGGAAACCUUCACCGCGUUGCGGGGCGCGCACGCCGUCGCGGAGCAGACGAAAAAAGCCGCGCAGGAGGCGGUGAUCGAGGCGAGGAAAGAAGCCAUCGCGGUCGCGAUGGCGGACGCCACCGCGGACAGGAACGCGGUCGCGAAGCAGCGCGACGACGCGAGCGAACGCGCGGACGCGCUCGCGAAGACGCUCGCGGUGGAGACGAGACUCCGCGAGCGUCUCGCCGACGAGCUCGCCGACGCCAAGGCGCGACUCGCCGGGGCCGGGGCCGGGGCCGGGGCCGGGGCCGGGGCCGACUCGCGCGACGCGAGCGCGCCGAGCACGCCUCGGGAUAAAGUCAACAGCUUCGGCGGCGGCGGCGGCGGCGUCGGCGCGUUCUUCGGGUUCGGCGUCCGAUCCGCGGCGCCUUCGUCCGCGGCGGCGUCGUCGCCGGCGUCGCUCCCGAGCCCGCCGCGCGACCGCGGAUUCCGAAAGUCCGCGGCGACUCGAAAGCUGGACAUGGUCUCGUCCGUCCCGGCGAAGGAACCCCCCGCGACGGAGCGCGCCGCGGCGGGUGCGGGGCCCGCGAAGAAGCCGCCGUACGUCGCGUGGUCCGCGCCGCCGGGACGACGCGACGCGUUGGACGACGAGAUGGACUCCGCGCGGGCGAUGCUCGAGAUGAUCGCGAAGAGGCGACAAAAAGGAUGA